GCGCGGUGGCGAAUGUGCCGCUGCGGACGCGCGGCUGCGCCGGCGGGAGCGGGUGGGCGGAACGGCGCGGCUCCCUGCCCCGCGGCCCGGUGCGCCGGGACGGGCCGCGCCGGGCACCGCCGCUGCUUCCAGCCAAAGGGAACGCGGACACCGGGAGCUCCCUGCGGCGGGGAAGGGCGGCUGGGCUCCCGCAGGCCGCGUCCUGCCGGCUUUGAGCCUGCGAUUUCAGGUCUUCUUUGGAACCGCGGGUUUGUCCCCCGCUCCCUCUCCAUCAGCUUCCUCCCCACCUCCUCGCUGCGUCGGAGAGCGGCAGAAAGAGCGUGCUCGGGAAACAAAAGGAUGAAGCCUAAUAAAGGAAAGACUUUAACUAGAGAAAGAGACUACGUGUACAAAUUCAGUGCUGGAAAUGAACAUUUGGUGCUUACCGUGCCUCUCAAAUUCCCUGUACAAGAGAAUAUCAGUCAUUUGCAUGGACGUCUGAUGGUUCUGCACAACCUGCCAUGCUUUAUAGAAAAUGACCUGAAGCAAUCUCUCAGUAAAUUUGUAGAAGAGGAAACUAUAAAGGAUUAUGACAGAGAAGCUGAAGUGGCUCUGGAAGCAGUGAAAUCGGGAAAAGUAGACAUCAACCAGCUGGCAGAUACUUGGGCUAAAGCUUAUAAAGAGACAACAUUAGAACAUGCCAAACCUGAAGAAACCAGCUGGGAUGAAGAUUUUGCAGAUGUUUAUCAUGAUCUGAUCCAUUCUCCAGCUUCUGAAAUGCUGUUAAACCUGGAACACAAUUAUUUUGUUAGCAUUUCAGAAUUAAUAAGUGAAAGGGACGUGGAAUUGAAAAAGCUACGUGAAAGGCAAGGAGCUGAAAUGGAUAAGGUGAUGCAGGAGCUUGGAAAGUCACUGACUGACCAGGAUGUGAAUUCCUUAGCAGCUCAGCAUUUUGAAUCUCAGCAGGAUUUGGAGAACAAAUGGACCAAUGAAUUAAAACAGACUACUGCUAUCCAGAAGCAGGAAUAUCAGGAGUGGGUGAUAAAGCUUCAUCAGGACCUAAAGAAUCCCAACAACAGCUCGGUCAGUGAUGAAAUUAAAGUUCAGCCCAGCCAGCUGAGGGAAUCUGUGGAAGGAAAUGGGAGAAUCUAUGAAGAGCAAAGGUUGUUAGAAGAAAGCUUUACUAUUCAUUUAGGAGCUCAGCUGAAGACCAUGCACAACCUGAGGCUGCUGAGAGCUGAUAUGUUGGAUUUCUGCAAACACAAGCGCAAUCACCGCAGUGGGGUGAAGCUGCAUAGGCUGCAGACUGCAAUGUCCCUCUACUCAACUUCCCUCUGUGGCCUUGUGUUACUGGUGGAUAACAGGAUCAGCUCAUACAGUGGAAUCAAAAGAGAUUUCGCAACUGUUUGCCAAGAAUGCACGGAUUUCCAUUUUCCUGGAAUCCAAGAACAACUUGAAAUUGUCCAGAAGGUUGUACUUAAGGCCAGAGCACAGCGUAGCAGCAAGACAAAAAGACACUAUGAAAACAAAAUCAGCGGGAGUGAAGAUAAAUUAAAGAAUAUAGAACGAAACCAGUCGAACAUUUUGCCGGGAGAGUUCUACAUCACAAGGCACUCAAACCUCUCAGAAAUCCACGUUGCCUUUCACCUGUGUGUGGAUGACAAUGUCAGGUCUGUGAAUGUGACCGCCAGGGACCCAGCCAUCAUGGGGCUCAGGAACAUCCUCAAGGUGUGCUGCACACACGACAUCACCACCAUCAGCAUUCCUCUCCUGCUGGUGCAUGAAAUGUCAGAAGAGAUGACCAUUCCAUGGUGCCUGAAGAGGGCAGAGCUCGUGUUCAAGUGUGUCAAAGGUUUCAUGAUGGAAAUGGCCUCGUGGGAUGGAGGGAUUUCUCGGACUGUACAAUUCCUGGUGCCACAGACAAUUUCUGAGGAAAUGUUUUACCAGCUGAGUAACAUGCUGCCACAGAUCUUCAGAGUAUCGUCCACACUGACUCUGACCUCCAAGCACUGAUUUCUGUGGGGCACUAACCGGUAUCCUAAUAGCAGAGAAUGAGAUUAAGGAGAUUCUGGACUAGGAUGUCUUUCCUGUGGACUGAUGACCCCAAAGCAGCAUUAGUUGCAAUUUCAAGAAUUGUGUUGUAAUAAAAGAUAAAUGUUGUCUGUA